CUCCGCCCGAGGCCUUUCCUUCCCUCCGGAACCGAUUCGCCUUCCUCCCCCGGUGACGGGAGGGAAGGAGGGGCAGCGCUCCCUCGCAUCUUCCAUCCUUGCCCGCCCUCCCUCCCUCCAAACCCGGCCUCUCUCUCUCUCUUCCUCCCUCUCCCCUCCCCCAGCUCGGUGGAUCGGGGGCAAGGCCUGGGAGCGGUGCUGGGGGUGGCCUCGGACGCAGAGACGGGGCGGGCAAAGCUGGACUCGGACCCGAUGGCUCGUCCCAGGCCCCGCGAAUACAAAGCCGGGGAUCUGGUAUUCGCCAAAAUGAAAGGCUACCCGCACUGGCCGGCCCGGAUCGAUGAACUCCCUGAAGGAGCUGUGAAGCCUCCAGCAAAUAAAUAUCCCAUCUUCUUUUUUGGGACUCAUGAAACGGCAUUUCUGGGGCCCAAAGACCUCUUCCCUUACAAAGAAUAUAAAGACAAGUUUGGAAAAUCAAACAAACGAAAAGGGUUUAAUGAAGGCCUGUGGGAAAUCGAAAACAACCCAGGUGUCAAGUUUAGUGGAUACCAGGCUAUUCAGCAACAGAGCUCCUCAGAAACCGAAGGUGAAGGAGGGAACACGGCAGAUGCUAGCAGCGAGGAAGAAGGGGAUCGGGUAGAAGAAGAUGGAAAGGGCAAAAGGAAGAACGAAAAAGCGGGCUCAAAACGGAAAAAAUCUUACACUUCAAAGAAAUCUUCCAAGCAAUCAAGGAAAUCUCCCGAAGACGAAGAUGAUAAGGAUUGCAAAGAGGAAGAAAAUAAGAGUAGCUCUGAUGCCGGUGAAGCAGGCAACGACACACGAAACACUUCUUCAGACUUGCAGAAAACUAGUGAAGGGACUUAACCAACAUAUUGACUGCUGCAUAUUAAGGGAAGACACAAGAAAGUGACAUGUUUGGUUGUUUAAUAUUCUUGGAUUUGAUUAAAGUCAGCACAUCUGUCCAUCAGCAGCAUAUAUGUUUGUAUGCACAUUUAGCCACAUUCCUGCCCAUUCUGUUCUCAGCAGCAACUUUCAACAUCAUACCCCCCCACCCCCCAUUGACACCCCACCAGGUCCUUUUCUAAAUGUCCUUUUAUUUAAUUGCCCAAAAAGUCUCUUUUUCAAGCAAGACCCACACCGACAACGGCCAUUUUUAGAUAACUACUACUACUUUUUUUUUUACAGAAAAAGAAGGGCAACAUCUCUUAAAUUUUAAAACGAAUCUUUAAAAACUGCCUUUAAACACUUAGAAAUACAUGCCCUCUCCUAACAAGUCACAAGGAUCUUUAUUCUGCUUAACAAAUCAUUACGUUUUAAAUUAGCCCUUUAUCCAUUUGUUGUUUUGCGGGGUUUUUUUUUUAAAGGGGGUUUAAAAACAAACAUGGCCAACUAGCAACUUAGGAAUGCUGGUUGUCUUGAGUAAUUUUCUCUUCGCUGACAUCCGGCUGUGUUUUUAGCAGAUUUGCUCGCAUUUUCAUUUUUUAAGGAAAUGGGGAGGGGGGGAAAACGUAUUUUCAGCUUGUAAGAAAAAGAUCAGCCAUCUCUCCUUGGAUUUUGUAUGCAUUAUGUAAAUGUACAUAUUUUGUAUGUAAAGCAACACGGAAUUCCAAAUUUUGAAACCCCAGAUCAAGAUUCCAUCACAUUUAUAGCUCAUUGAAUUCACCAUGGCAAAAAUAUUCCUGCAGUCCAUUUUUUAACUUCUGUCUGGAAAAUUCAAUUGUUUCCUACCCACCAGGAGUACAGAAGUUGGCCAUCUCUGUUUUUAAAACCUCACAAGAAAAUGUACUUGAUUUAUUACCAUUAUAACAAAAAGUCAAUAAUUGUAAGAAAGUACCUUUCCUUAUUAGAACACUCUAGCUUAGCUAUACUCUUAAUCCUUUUCAAGAUCAUGACGUAAUGUAAGUUUCUCUAACUUAGUUCCUAUAUGUGGAGUUAGUAAAAAGUCUUUUGUGUUUCUCUAGAUGAAUAACAAGGAACUUUUUUGGGGGGGGCCAAUACAAAUUGGAGCUUACUGUGUUUUGGGGACGCCUUCCACUUUUAAGCUUAAUUGUGAUUACUGAAAGGCCAACGGGAAACAAAGCCAAAACAUCCAAUUAAAGUAUAAGAAUAACAGUUAUACUGAAAAGCUUAAAAAACAACAAAAAGAGGGGGAAAUAAACCCUGUCAUUUUUCUGUUUUUUUUGUUUUGUUUUCUACUCUCAAAACUAGAUCUAGACUAGGUAGGUAAGCAUUCCAGAAUCCAUUAUUCUGUGUACAUUAUUGUUGCUAUUGUGAGAAUAGAGAAUUUUAUUUAUUUUUUAAGGCCAGCUUUUAUUGUGAAGACAUAUGGGUUUAGUCCGGUUUUAUCGACCCUUGUUAUGCUCGUCCUUGGACCAUCUCUCUGCGUACUCAAGGUUUGUAGUUGAAAAGUUUACUGUACAAAAAAAAGAAAAAAAUCAAAAAACAAAAAAAACUAUUGUUUUUACAGAAUAAAUUUAUUGGAAUGUGUAUUGGGAGUAAGGUUUGAGGUUGUAAGCAGCUGAGUUAGCGUCAUAUUUGGCUUCAUAACGUGUAAUGUGAGGUAUUCAUGUAACUCGAGUAUUAAAGCAACGCAUUCUGUUAA